GCGUUUUGAUUCUUGAAGGUUCAUGGUGAACUCUGGCGUUCUGGAUGGUUUAGUGGAUUGUACUAUAGCUUCGUUAUUGUUUAUAUUUGCUUUAUUUAAAAGUGCAUCGUUAAGAAAAUUUAAAGAUCAAUUUAAUAAAAAUUUAUCUUAAAGUGCAGUGAUAAUAUUUUGUUUUGUGGUGUUUUUCUUUUCUGUUGAAUAGAGUAAAAGAAGAAGCAUGUCUUUUAAAAGUGAUGAUUAAAUAAAAAAAGUUUUAAAUUUCCUCUUAUUAAUCGCUUCUAAAUGCUUUAGUUGAAGUGCUUGAAAGAAUUUCAUUGCAUAUAAGAAAGAAAAUGAUGAAGAUGUCGAUUUCGGUACUACGGUUAUCACAGUUUCGCGGAUGGGUUUGAUUUAGGUGAGCUAAAUGAAAAAGAAGGCGAACGAAAGUAAAAACAAAAUCAUCAGAAUCUGAGCACAAAAAUCAGUGGACCGUAAGGGAAAGAAAACAUAUCAAGAUAUAAGGAGGGAACAUACAGACUCCAACAUUGGAACCAUUUGACCAUGGCAGUGGUUGAUGAUGCUGGGAGACAGUCGACAUGGAAGGGAUGAGAUAACGAAGUCCCUUUGGUCGUUGUGUUUCGUGGCCAUGCUUGCAUGCAUCACCCUGCAGGAUGCAAGCCCACUAACGCCGAAGGAAGAGUCGGUCGGUAGUUUUCCUUGAAGUACCAACACCGCCGCCAACCCCCACCUCUCUCUUUCUCUCUCUCUCUCUCUCUCCUCCUUUCUCGGCCAACGACGACCAUCGCUGCCAGUAACCAACACCGAAAGUAUUAACUGCCUCAUCCUGUUCCUCCUCCUACUCUUCCUCCUCACUUCCGCUCUAAUCCCUUUUCCUCCGCCUCUUAUACUUCCUUAACACUCUCAUAACUCUCAAGGAAGGAAAUAUUUCCGAGCUGGGCAAGAUUGAUCAACAAAGUGUUCUUGGCGAGGUGGUUGGUUACAAAGAUGGACUUGAGGCUGAGGAGACUCCGGGGCCUCGUCGUGCUCGCCGUCUUAUUUACAGGUGCUUGUGGAAAUCCUGACGCGAAGAGGCUGUACGAUGACCUACUCUCUAAUUACAAUAAGCUCGUGCGGCCUGUCAUCAACGUCUCUGAUCCCCUCAUCGUCAAAAUCAAACUGAAGCUGUCACAGCUGAUUGAUGUGAAUUUGAAAAACCAAAUCAUGACGACCAAUUUGUGGGUGGAACAGUUUUGGUACGACUACAAACUACAAUGGGAACCGGAAGAGUACGGCGGCGUGCAGAUGCUUCACGUGCCCUCGGAUCAUAUAUGGAGACCUGAUAUCGUGCUUUACAACAACGCUGAUGGCAACUUCGAAGUCACCUUGGCCACCAAGGCGACCCUCCACUCGGACGGUCUGGUGGAGUGGAAGCCGCCGGCCAUUUACAAGUCUUCGUGCGAGAUCGACGUCGAGUUCUUUCCCUUCGACGAACAGACCUGCGUCAUGAAGUUCGGGUCUUGGACUUACGAUGGCUUUCAGGUGGACUUGAGGCACAUUGAAGAGGAGUCAGACACACCUGUAGUGGACAUAGGUGUGGAUUUAACUGAAUUCUACAUGUCUGUAGAGUGGGACAUUCUAGCAGUUCCUGCUAUUAGGAAUGAAAAGUAUUACACGUGUUGUGAUGAGCCAUAUUUGGACAUCACGUUCAACAUCACCAUGAGGCGGAAGACACUGUUUUACACUGUGAACCUCAUCAUCCCCUGCAUGGGGAUCUCCUUCCUCACCGUCCUCGUCUUCUACUUACCCUCGGAUUCCGGGGAGAAGGUUAGUUUGUCCAUCAGCAUCCUCCUCUCCCUGACUGUGUUCUUCUUGCUGUUAGCAGAAAUUAUUCCGCCCACGUCCCUCGUUGUUCCUUUAUUAGGGAAAUUUGUACUCUUCACCAUGAUAUUAGAUACAUUAAGCAUUUGUGUCACAGUGGUAGUUUUGAACGUUCAUUUCCGCUCACCUCAGACCCAUACAAUGGCUCCGUGGGUUAGAAGGGUCUUCAUUCAUAUUUUGCCUCGGCUGCUGGUCAUGCGCAGACCCCAGUACCAAAUGGAUAGACACCGCCUCUUCGCGAAAGCAAAGUCUGGAAUGCUGCGUUCCUGUAAUGGCGGUGAUGUCAGGGAUUCCUGUAACUACUAUCAAUCAGGAGCUUUCCAGGAAUCCAGAGAUAAUUCCUUCGCGAGUCAUCAAGAGCUUCGAGAUGCCAUACGCGAGGGUUUAAUGUAUAUGGAUAUGCCUGGUAGCCGCCCACGUUCUCCUCGUGGAGAAUAUUCCCCAAGUCGUGAUAUAGAUGCAUUAGGCAUCAAUGGUGGAUGCAAGAUCCACGGCCCUGCAGUUUUAGCGGAUGAUUUAGGAGUAGGUGUCGGCCUGAAUGGUAAUGUUGGAUCACCAGGAAGGGUUCCUGGUGAAAAUGGCUCUACACAGUACUGUCCAGAAGUCAUCAAGGCCUUUGAGGGUGUAAAGUUUAUUGCUGAGCAUACUCGCAGAGAAGAGGAGUCAGUGAGGGUGAAAGAAGACUGGAAAUAUGUUGCAAUGGUGCUGGAUAGAUUGUUUCUGUGGAUUUUCACUCUAGCUGUUUUAGUUGGUACAGCAGGCAUUAUCCUUCAGGCACCAACCCUGUAUGAUGACAGACUACCAAUUGAUGUGAAGCUCUCCGAGAUCAUAGCAGUUGGGAAAGAUGGAAUACCUCAGAGCAAAGCUGCCUCACAGAAUCAGCAAUGACCUGAGUGAUGCUGAACUGAAAGAUUAUGGUCUGAUGUGUGGUGCAGUAUAUGUAACAUAACAGUUGCUAACAGCCACUUCUAAAUAGCAAAUUCCUAACCAAAGUUUAUGAAACCAGCUAAUGCUCCUUACUACAAUUAUCAACCAAUUGAGGACCACAACCCCAUCACUCUUAGUACAAGGUAAAUUGUGGCUUCCCAGUAAAUAGUGCUAUUAAUGGUGUUCAUUAUAAAAGCUUGGUGGCUUGAUGCCAUAACAUCCAUAUGAUAGUUUAUGAAAGAUAAUCACAGAAUUAUACUUUGAUAUUUUAUCUUUGAAAGAAUUGAUGCUUGGAGCAGUGGAAAAUGAAGUGGUUGAAACAACUUGAACAUUAGUCAUAUGUUGCAAAGUGAGAUAAUGACUCCAUAAUAAAAUAUUUGGUUUGAAAUUGUUCAUUAUGGUUCUAUUUGUGAACAGGUUAAUAGACCACAACGAUAUAAAGCUCAAUGUUGGCAAUACUUUUAAAUGUAUUGCAGCAAAAUAGGUCUAACUGGGUUGGAAGUGUUUGGCAUUGCGCUGGCACUGGAAUUUCAAUCAUAUUGCUUUUAUAAUUUUGCUCUUGGGAAAUUGAAAUAGUUUUGCUCAACUGAUUCAACUUUGUAUAAAUCAGUAUGUGGUAAAGAUUUGUUAAAGAAAGGGAGUUGUAUUUUGUAAGGCUUUAUUACUGGCUGAAACAGAUAGUACUGUUUUGGAAAUCAUAAUGAAUUAUGUGUAAUGUACUGUUCACACUCGCUAGAUCUAUGGAAAUACAAAGGCCAUGUAAGGAAUGCUUGACCUUGUCCUAGCGUAUGAAUUUUUAUUCCUUAUGAAAUUUCAAAGCUCGGUAUGAGAAUGGAGAAAUUUCAUCUUUGGGUUUCGAAAGGAUUUCAGUUGACUCCACAUUGAAAAAAUGCUAUAAAAUGGAAAGGUCAAACAUUCAUUGCAUGGUAGUUGCCUUGCCUUGUGGAGUACAGUAUUUUUAUAGAAAUGUGUUCAUAUCAACCUUAUCAUCAAAAUACAGUAUAGUGCUUUUGAAAAGAAGCACAAUCCAUUAGUCAUAUACAGUAUAUAAUGUGGGAUAAAAGGCAUUCUAUACAUGUAGCUCAGCCUCAUUAAUCUUUUAAGAGAAAUGUGCGUUAUUUCAGAAAAUACUUGUGUAACCUUCCAUUUGUGGUAAAACCUUACUGAAUACAACAGUUCCCAGAAUUUGGAUACUCUUGAAAAGAUAUACUGAAAAUUGACAUUUCAAGUGGUAGUUUACCACAUUUGGUGAAUUUCACAUUUUUUCCUCUGUACUUUUGCAGUGUUAGCAGUUAAAAAUGUGCUUAAUGCAUGUUUUGUAUCAGCCUUCUCGCUAAAUUAACAAAAGAGUACAAGAAAAUACAAGCAGUGACUUUCAAGAUUUUGUCAUCACUUUUUCCUGGUGAAUAUAUUAUGGUAUGCUAUACUAUACUUUUUAGUUUUUCAUCUCUACAAUGUGUCACUAAAAGUUAGUAUUGUUUAUAAAAGAAGUGAAUAGCAUAUCGUGUAAGUAAUAUAUUAUUGUUAUUUUAAGGGUUUUAAAGUGCAGACAUUCAGGUUUUUAUUUGACUUAUGUUGAAAUUGAAUACCAUAUCAAGCUUAGUGAUUUACUCAUUCAUUAAAACUUUAUCAUUAAAACUUUAACAUAUUGAUUUCUUUAAGAUGUGUUCUUAGCUGCAAAUUCAUUAAGUUUAAAUGAAAAUUCACGAACGGAGUCCAGUUGCACAUUGGGUAGAUAAGUCAUGUUAUAGUUACCAGUCUUUUAUUUUUUAUCGUGUCUGGUAAAUACUGAGCAGUUAUGUAUUUGAAGUACCUUGAUAUCAUUAGUUACUUCAUUGCAGUAACAGUGACAAUGGGAGCCACCAGAAUGUGGAAAUGAGAACUAUAAUUACUUUUCUUUUAAGAUGCCAUUCCAGUAUUUUUAGCUCUAAAAAGUUAACAUCUUCAAUCUUUAUAACUGAGAUUGCUUUUCUUUAUUAUUUCUUUAUUUAUGCCAUCCUAAUUGCUCCAAAAUUAAAUAUGAAGGAUCUUCAUGUAAUUUUAAAAUGUUGGGUACAGCUGCAAAUGUUCACUGGAAAAUUAUCACACCAUGUUUUGACAAAUGUAGCCCCCAACUGUGGCAAGUCAGACCACUCGAAUGUAAAUUUUAAUAAUUUACUGUAGUAUAUAAAUACUGGGCAUUUGAACAUAUCUGUUCUACAAAUAAUAUAGAAAUUCUUCAUCACUAAUCAGAUUGUAUUCAUUACACCAUUGUUUUGACUCAAAACUGUUGUAAUGUUAUUUUAGUUAAUAUUCACUAUAUAUAUA